AUGUUGGAACUCAAUAAAGAGUUGGAAUUACCUGAUUUCUGUUGUGGACAACUGAAUAAAUGUUGCCAUGUUAACUUAGAGAAGGAAUUUGUAGAUGUUUGCUUGAAGAAGAUAGAACUGCUGCACAGUGAGAGAGUCUGUGAUAUCAUACUGCCUCGGCUUCAGAAACGCUAUGUACUAGAGGAAGCUGAGCAACUGGAGCCUCGAGUUAGUGCUCUAGAAGAGGACAUGGAUGACGUGGAGUCCAGUGAAGAAGAGGAAGAGGAAGAUGAGAAGUUGGAAAGAGUGCCAUCACCUGAUCACCGCCGGCGAAGCUACCGAGACUUAGACAAGCCCCGUCGCUCUCCUACACUGCGCUACAGGAGGAGUAGGAGUCGGUCACCCAGAAGGCGGAGUCGAUCUCCAAAACGGAGAAGCCCAUCCCCUCGUAGAGAAAGGCAUCGUAGCAAGAGCCCCAGACGUCAUCGCAGCAGGUCUAGAGAUCGACGGCACAGAUCCCGCUCCAAAUCCCCAGGUCAUCACCGUAGUCACAGACACAGGAGCCACUCAAAGUCUCCUGAAAGAUCUAAGAAAAGCCACAAGAAGAGCCGGAGAGGGAAUGAGUAAUGGAUUCAAUUUGGUUUUAGUCCAAAUGGCCUCCUCUGUAUAUGAGGGCAUCUGUCUACGUGGAAGGAUUAAGACCUGCUCCCCCAGGCAGCUAUGAGAAUAUUUUGGUCUUUUCUUAUCAAGUUUCUCCACUCUUUUUUUUUUUUUUUAAUGAAAGAGGUGCUGAGUUUUGUAUCUCUUUGAAUCAUAACUAAAAUCUUUGAGGGAUGAUGAUGUUUCUUAAGGUCAGUUUUUGACCGGGCCAACCAUGACUAUAUUCAUAUUUAGAAUAGGGGUUGGAGAUAUGAAUGACAAAAAAAAAGGAUAUGGCCACUUGGUUGACACUAUCCUUUUGUGUUACUAGGCCCCAAAAUACCCAUUUUUCUGUAGUUUAUUUUUGAUUCGCUCUGUCAUUGGAGCUACAUUGAGAAUCCUAGAGUUGAUGUUGCUACAGUUAUCCAAAGAUCAAAUCAACACAGCAGAGCAGCUCCUUUUGUCUAGCAGCAGCAAGUAAUAAUGAAUAAGAAAACGAGGUAGCAGUAAUUUUGCAAGAACAGAAUACUUUCAAACACAAAGCUGCUUCUGGAUCAUUUAAUCUGGUGCCAUUGAACAGCUUUAACAGACAGUACCCUACAUACAACACAUUUCAUUCUUACCCACAAGCCAGGUUGAGGUGCCUCGGCCUUUAUCAUUCACUGAGCAGUAGGGCAACAAUGUUGAAAAAGAUUUGAUGGAAAAUAUCUAGUAUUAUUCAUGGUUGUUACCUAAAUUGUAAGACACUGAUGCCAUUCACAAAUGUAGAAAAUACAAAAAGAGACAGUUUGAGGGGAAUGAAAUGAGGGCUCUGGUGGUAGGGAAAAUGAUACAUUAAGUUUUAUUUUGCAACAGCUGUGGGAUGGGAUGGCAUAGGGAAUGUGACUGACAUCCUGCAACUGUAGUCUGCCACAGGGAGAACUGUAAUCACCAGCUGCCUUACAGGAACUAGCUUCUUGGAGGCCAUAUUUGAUUACAGGAUAAACAAUUUGUUGCUUACACUGAACUGAAGGACUUUUGUAGCAAUAUUAAAGCAGUUUUUAAUCUAUUCGAGCUUUCAUAUUCUUAAUGGUUCCUCUCAUGGUAAUGCCUGAGCUAAACAACAUUAUCCCUAAAAACUGUGAUGGUUUACGAUAUAACUAUCUGUAGGACCACCAUUUAAUAAUAAACAAAAUUUUCUAA